UGUCCGCUUCCACCUGAAGCACGGUCGACUUGUGAUUCCGGUCCGUUGACUGUGGACCGCAUCCGGACUAUUCUGGACCAGUUGCGAUCAGCGUUGGCCCAAACGGAACUGGCCGUUCGGGGAAGCCAGGAUAAGAUUGCCAAAUUGUUCCCCCAUUUAUCAGAUGGGUCUUGUAUUGCAUUCAUCGAAGUUUUGUCGAGUUAUAUGCAAGCUUUCAACUAUAAAAGCAAUCACUGUCACAAUACUGGCGAACUAGUGGGACAUCAAGUAUGCAAAAACAUGAAUGAACAGAAUAAACACCUGGUCGAUCAGUGUCCGGGCAAGCUGAUCACAUUGCAGCGUAUAUUCCACGUGCCCGAAUCACAAACACCUUAUCUAGCGACCCAGCCACACACGGACUACAUCCAGCCGGAGCGUUUGGUUGCAUCCGCCCAAGGACUCUGUGAUCCAGACCUGUUGCAGAUGUUGGCCACUCAAGCGUCGAAAUUAGCUUCUUUGGUCACUCAGAUGCGCCAGGUGCAAUUGGAAGCGGAUCGCGUGUUUGCCCCAGUAAACAAUCACGGAGUUCCGUGA